UAAGUGAUAUUGUUAAAAUGAUACAUACUUAUGUUUCAAGUGGUGUGAUAAAUUAUAGGAUGAUGUAGUGUAUCAAAUUUCUUUUAGAAUAGGAUUUCCAGCUUUCCAAAACGGUGAGAUUAACACAUAAUGACCAAGGUGUCAAUGCUACAGUGACUUUGAAUGCAUACCAGAAUACAACAGAGAUUAUACUAGCCAGCAAUGAAACAACAGUACAUGUAGACCUGAUUGACAUGUCCGAUAAAAGCGAAAUGUGGUUCCAGGUUUCCAUUGCCUUAUUUGUAGUAGUAGGAGUAUUUCUUGUAAUGUUCAUAUUCUGUUUUAUCAGACAAAGGCGAAUAUUGCGAAAAGCUUUGUCGCGUACAUUAAAUAGAAAAAUAAGUAUACGGACUUCAUCCAGUCAUAAAUACAGUAUAAAUUCGGGAUUUGAGGCAAGUGAAGACAAAGCUUCAAUUGCAAAAACAGAAGAUGUUGCUGGUCAGUCACAAGAAAAUGUCAUUACUAGGCGAAAUGAUUCAAACUGUGAAUCUGGAUUCGAAUCUUUUCCUGGAUCAAUCAUGGAUAAAAGGAGAGACAAUGUAUAUGAAUCUGGUAUAGGAUCAAUGGAAGGUUCCAUAAAGGAAUACAAAGGCAAAAUAGAAGAAGAGUAUACAUCAGUUCACGAGAGACAUGCCAUAUUUCACACAAGACAUAGACGAAUAAGCGAAGAGGACUCGUACAAGGUGGAAUCGGAAAUUCAGAGAGCAACUCAAUCUCUUGACUUUAAGGACGUUUUGAAAAAUAUAGAAGAUUAUAACGCAGCCGGAAUAAGUACAAUUAAAAAUGACGCAGAAAAAAAUACCGACAGUUUUAUUGAGGAUGAUUAUGAAAAUGUUUUGGACGUAGCAGAAAAAAAAAUUACAAGUAGUGUUCUUGAUACUGAGGAAAUAACAGCUCGCAAUUUGGAGAAUCCUACUUAUGGUAUGAUAGAUGAGUAUGAUAGAGAGAUAAGUGAUAUCGUAGAAGAAAAAGAAAGUGACGAUUAUGAAGUUGAAGAAAACGCAGGAAGUAAUCACCACAUGUACCAAAAUUAUGGUCAUCUAAGAAAAGAGUAUUUGAGUCAAUAUCAUUCUGCUGCUACUUCGCUAAAUUUCUUAAAUUUGAACUGGGAUUAUAAAUGUGACAUAGACAUAAAUGGGGGCUUGGUUAAAGCUCCUAAUUCAGAUAUCAGUUUGUGUUUACCGGCAAAUUUUAUUUCAACUCCAGCAACAACUAUCUUCUGGUCAAUAUUCGCACAGGAUGCUGAGGUGAAAUCAAAGACGAACUUGGAGUCAUGUAUUGUGUCGCCUGUAGUGGAAUAUUAUACACCAUUGAAAGAAAACUUUGACGAAUACGUGGUGAUUGAAUUGCCACAUUGCAUAUCAGAACAUGAAGACGAUAUGGUGCAACCUUAUUGGUUCCACCCUAAUGCACAACCAAAUGAAAAUAAAAUCAACGUCCAUCAAAUUCCACUUAUAAAUGAAGAUGACUUACAUUCAAAUGCAUUACCUGAAGUGUUUUUCAUUAAAACUCGUCCAGGAUUUGUGACUAUAUAUACAAUACACUUUUCUGUUUACUUUUGUGCUUGUUCCCAAAAUUUCCCAUUAGAACUGUAUGCUGUGACAUUUGGAAAAUAUGUUCCUAUUGAUCAUAACCAGGUGAACAUCAAAAUCAAGGUUCACAUUGCAGAUGCAAAAAUUACUUUGAAGGACUGUUUAGAGGCAUUGAAACAGGAUGAACAAGUAUUGGGCUACAGUUACAAGGGUAAGACAGAAAUAGAUGUAGCAGACGAUAUCGCGGGAUCAGACUCCAUAGAAAUAAAAGUGGAUUUCGAAGAUGUUCCUAGAAAUAUGAAUCCCAUAUGGAAACAUUCUGUAGACAAGGCAGGAUUCCCUAUUCAUCCAGCUUCAAAGAGUUGGAAUAUUUCUAAUCGGUUUAAAUGUGGCAAUCACAAGUUCAUUCAGACAACAAAGGAAUGGCAAUUUAAAAAUGAAAGUCCACCAAGAUUUAGAACAGUAUUUCAAUGCUUCAUCGAAAUAUUAUAUAAAAAAUAUAUCGAAGAAUCGGACACAGACGAGGGAUCAGAUUAUGAAGCUAUGGAACAUAUUGAUUUAGAACAAGCUAAACGUAUGCCAAGCCACAGUACUGUACAAAAUUCAGAUAAUGAUACUAGUCACACAAGUCAUCAAUGUGUUAGCAUUAGAACACGAAUGACAGUCGACAUCGACCUCUCAGACACAGUUAUUGAAAACCACUAUCCAGAAAGCAUAGAUGAGUUGCAAUGCUUGCCAUCCAGGCGAGGUAUAUUGCCUAGUAUAAUAUAUGAAAUAGUCGAUGGCUUAGAUGAGGACAAAUUUAACGAAAUGUGCCGACGACUUGGCGCCGACAGAGAAUUAAGAUCUCUAAUGAGAUCCAGUGAUAAUAUGACCAGAGGAAAGAAAUAUGAUUUAUUAGACGGUAUCAGAGACGAUAUGUCUGAUGGAAAAUUUUGUAGAGAAAUACUAACAGUCUUAAUGAUAAUGAAGGAAAAUAAACUUAGACAAGCUAUAUCCGAACAUAUACAGAAAGCUACUCAUACCGGGGAACGUUCAAUUGCCAGCAUAGAACCACAGACUGCUAAUUUCCAAAGACUUAUUCCUGUCCAGAAUGAAGACAGAGAAACAUUGCACCACAGUUCAAGUAACAAUGAUGAAACAAGUAGAAAGAUUGUAGAAUGAAAAAAGUUCCAAAAUGAAGAGAUAUGAAAUAUUAAUCCUAUAGAAUUGAUCAAAAACUCUUGAAGAGAAGUUCACUGAAUGUCCGAUAUACGCCAAUACUCAACCUUAAAGUUAUAUAAAUUGAUAAUAAAUUUUAAAAUGUAUCUAGUCACAUAACUUUUCGAAAGAUUCAACAUCCACUAGCAUAUGUUGUUUAUAUUAAACAAAGCACGGGGUGUGAAUUAUUAUCAUACUUAAGGUAUGUGGGAUGCAUUUUAUUAAACAUCUCGUGUAUAUUCUUAAAAAAUAUAAGUGGUUAACGUCCAAGAAACAUAACUCCAUAAUACCAACAAAAAAAACAAAAAUUUAAUGAAAUAUGAAAAAUAAAUCUAAAAGUCACCGUUUUAAGUUAAACAUUAUUUCUACGGACAAGCUCUCAUGCAGGUGUUCUAGGUAGUUUCCUAUAUUAUGUUAAUAUUUCACUUUUCACUUUUGCCUUGGAUGUAUUAGAUAAAAGCAAUAGUAGUAUACGGCUGUUCAAUGGUCAUAAAUCGAUGUAGCUGAAACAAAUCCGGGUCAAAAUCCAAAACUGAGGGAAACACAUCAACAAUAAGGGGAAACAAAACUAAACAACCGAAACACUGAACUGCUGCAAAAGCAACGCCAACAUACAUAGAAACGGACUGUGUUAAAACAACUGCAAUAUUCCUUACUUGUUACAGGACAUUUUAAGACAAAAUGGUAGGUUAAAUCUAGACUCAUAGAUAGCCGAACCUCCCGCUUAUAUGGUCAUGUUAGAAAUACCGCUAUAAUGACAACAUUUUGUGACAGGACUACAGUACUAAUAAAUACAGAAAAAUCAUGACAUGAUGUUAUUACCGUUUAAAUAAGGAACGGAUUUCAAAAUGCUCAUUCGGGUCAAUGUUAAUUUUGUCAUUAAUACUAGACUUACCAUUCGUAUCACCAUUUCCCAUCUAGGCACAUGUCUGGAUAGUGCUCAUAACAAAAAAACAAAAAUAAAACGUUUUACAAAAUAUCUUUCAACAAAAUAGGUCGAAACCCAUACUAAGAUAUUCAAUAAAAAAAAAACUUACCACAGUGUCAUUGUAAGAAUUAUUUGUUUAAUGUGCAAGAUUGGCUACAUAAAGAACACGAAAAAUGGACUUAAAAAUUCUUCCUCCUUUAAUAACAGUAAGUAUUUUAAGUAAUUCAUAAUUUCAAAAAAUUUGAAUUUUGAAAAAAAAAUGUUUAUCCAAUUCUAAUGACAGUAAUUUACCAAGUACAUUUAUGUAAUGAAUAUGAUAUGAAGGUGAAACACAACUGUUGUUCAAAUGGGGGGGGGGGG